AUGGCAUACUGGAUGAUCCAGGCUUACAACAUACCGAAAGAGUCGCGAGGGCCUGGCGGCAUACCUGCGUGUGCAACAGUGACAGAUGCAGAAGAAGCCAUGAUCAAGGACACCAUGCUCCAGAAAUUGAAGAACGAAGCUAUCGCCGCUGGUUGGAACCCCGGAACAGUGGUAAAAAAUUCCGUCAUAUUAACGAUGGAGUAUGAGGUCCAGAAAAUAACCGGUUGGUAUGUCGUCAAAGCUGUCAAGGACUUCUUGCAGCUGGAUCCUGCUGUCCAAGCUGACACAAAUUAUCAAGGGCUCGUAGUGGACUAUGCGCAUGGCAAUAUACAGAAGCUUCGCAACAAGUGGCAACCGAUCGAGAAGGCAAUGCUUAGACAAGAUGAGUUGGGAGACUGGCAUAUUCGUGUUUAG